CCAGUUUAGCAUGUUCCUAUGCUUCUGCUUCUGCUUUGUCCCUCGCGCACAUACGCGUGAUCGACCACGCCGUUCAGGCGCCGUAAAGGGAUGCAUUCCGUGUUAUUGCCCCCCGUGUGCCACUCUGGCUUUGAACCUCCUCCCCGCUGUCUCAAGGUGACGCGAGCGACGAGGUCGGAGCGCGCGCGGACAGGGUCUCGUAAAGCACAACACAGGAAGCGUCCAAGUUGCUCCAGCUGAUCGGCCGCGGUUUGCUUUUUCCGCCCUCCGGGGCAAGGCACGCUCCAUUUUAUUACUAUCGGCGGGAGAGAGAGAAAGAAACGAAGGAAACACAUAAGAUAGGCGAUGGCGCUUCCAAAGAAAGGCGACUUGAAUGAGGAGGAGAAAGCGUUGCUGGAAGUCAUUGGCAAAGGAAACACUGAAGAAGCUUCAAAACUCCUUGGCAGCAAGACUGUCCGUGUGAAUUGUUUAGAUGAGCAUGGAAUGACCCCUCUAAUGCACGCAGCAUAUAAAGGUAAAGUUGAUAUAUGCAGACUCUUACUGCGGCAUGGAGCUGAUGUAAACUGCAAUGAUCACGAACAUGGAUAUACUGCCUUAAUGUUUGCUGGACUCUCAGGCAACAAAGAAAUAACCUGGAUGAUGUUAGAGGCUGGAGCAGAGAUGGAUGUUGUCAAUUCUGUGGGGAGAACAGCAGCUCAGAUGGCUGCCUUUGUGGGUCAACAUGACUGUGUAACAGUUAUCAACAAUUUCUUUCCUCGGGAAAAACUAAACUACUACACAAAACCACAAGGACUAGAUAAAGAACCCAAACUUCCAGUUAAACUAGCUGGACCUCUGCAUAAGAUCAUUACAACUACUAAUUUGCAUCCUGUUAAGAUUGUUUUGCUGGUGAAAGAAAAUCCUCUUUUGGCAGAAGUUGAGGCAAUGCAGAAAUGCUACAAAGUAUUGGAUCUGAUCUGUGAGAAGUGCAUGAAGCAGAGAGAGAUGAAUGAAGUCCUUGCAAUGAAAAUGCACUAUAUUAGUUGCAUUUUCAAAAAAUGUAUCCUUUUCCUUAAGGAACGAGAAGACAAAUUGGAUGGAUUAAUCAAAAGCCUGUUAAAAGGCAGAGAGAGAGAUGGUUUUCCAGUUUAUCAAGAGAAGAUCAUCAGAGAAUCUAUUCGGAAAUUUCCUUACUGUGAAGCUACCUUGCUUCAGCAACUUGUGAGAAGCAUUGCUCCUGUUGAAAUUGGUUCUGAUCCUACAGCUUUUUCUGUACUUACACAAGCUAUUACUGGCCAAGUAGGCUUUGUAGAAGCUGAAUUUUGUACAACAUGUGGGGAAAAAGGAGCAGGCAAAAGGUGUUCCAUAUGCAAAAUGGUCAUUUACUGUGAUCAGACCUGCCAGAAAAUGCACUGGUUUACACACAAGAAAUCAUGCAGCAUGCUAAAGACGACUUAUGAGAAGCAGAUGGUAGAAUCAGCCAAAGAAAAAAAUAAAGAAGCAGCACAAACUGCAGCAUCUACUUUAACAAGUGAGGAACAGUUGACCUCUGAACCUGAAAUUCAUAAAGACAUGGAAAUAAAAAGUAUAGGAGACCAAACUGAAAUGAUUCCCAACAUGAAAAUGACUGCGUCAUCUCCAGUAGUUGGUAACUUCCUUGAAGAGGAAAUUACUUCAGCAAACAUUGUUAAUGAAAAAGUUCAAGAAUCUGAAGAAUAACAGUGCUUUUUAAAGGAUGUCAUCUAAAUUACAAUCUGUAGACUGGAUUUCACAACACUUAUGAGUGCUCAGUGACAUACUGUAUGUUCUAGAAUAUGUCAGGUUUUUUAGUCAAGUGUAAUUGUCACAGAAUCGUAGAUUGUGAUAAGAGCUUAACCAACUGGCUAAAAUCAGAAUAGCAUAAACCCAUCUGUUUUUGUGCCUAUCUACCUAUAUACAUUUGAAAAGGAGUUGAAAUAGAUUCAUGCUGCAAUAUAAGAAAAGCUUUCUAUUUAAUUGAAGGUACUUAAAUUUUGGUGUAAUAAAUUACCAUAAUCAUAUGGGAUACAACAUCUGAAAUAUAAAUACAUUGAGAUUCCUAGUCUUCACCUAGUUUUUGAACAUGGUUUGCUACUUGCCUGAUUCUGUUAAACAAUACUGCUAAUCCAUGUUGGUUUAAUUAACUUCAAUUAUAAGCUUAAAGUUCUCAGUUAUAGAGCUUUUUAAAAAAAAAAUGAUAGUAUUUGCUAAAAAAUGACAAUAACUAGGCUAUAUUUAAAUAAGUACAUUAGUGAUGCUUUAAUAAUAUCAAAUGAAUCUUUGAACAGUAUCACAUAAAGAUCUGGAGUAGAGAGGUCUAUAACUUGAAGCCAGAUUUACUUGGGGGGGGGGAGAUAAGGAUAAUACAACUGAAUUCCUCAAGGUUUCUUGAGCUACGGUUGACUUUUGUUAUAGUGUAUCUCAAAUACUCAGAUUCAACUUUUAGGAAAAAAUAAUAAAAGCAUGGACUUUUUCAACAAUGUGGUGUUGAAAGGUAUUCAGAAAUGUCAAUGUCAUGUCAAUUUCUCUCUUUGCAAAUGGAAUGGAAGUACAAAUUAUGCAGGACAGCUUUUUAUUUAGAAAGACUGGAACCAAAUUUUAAAUAUAGUACAAGCUAUCUAAAGUUUACCCGUUCACCGCAGUGUCUAUGCUUUCAAUGAGAGAGAAUACAGGCUUUAUGGUAUAGGGAAGAACUACUCAUUUACUCCCUGAUAAAUCUGUAUAUAUGGAUUUUUCACCUGUGCAAUAGACUACAGGUAGUUCUCACUUAACAACCAUUCAUUCAGCGACCGUUCAAAGUUACAACAGCACUCAGCAAAUGGUACUUCUACCCAGUUCUUGAAGUUAUGGCUGUUGCAGCACCCUCUCAGUCACAUGAUCAAAAUUUUGGCACUUGGCAGCCUGCCUUUAUUUACGUCCGCAGCACGCACCUAAAACUCCCCCCACCUACCUGUCUCCCCCUGAUCUCUGCUCUUUUGGCCACCCUGCACCCCACCGCCUCCAGCUGACCUUCAUUAUCUUCCACUAUUGCCGAGACACCCCAGCCCAGCCCUUCACCAGGUAGCUGCUGGCCACCUGAGGCCUUUUUUCCAAAGCCUAGGGAAGGCCUCAUGAAGCUUCAGGAAGGCUGCAUGUGGCUUUGGGAAGGCCUUGGGAAGGGCCAGGCAGGGCACUCCUUGUCAGCUGCGGGACAAAGAAGACAACGAAGGUCAACUAGGGGUAGUGGAGUACAGGGUGGUGGGUAUGCAAGGCAAAGUGCAGGUCAGCCAAAAGAGCAGAGAUGGGGGGAGAUAGAUGGGUGGGGGAGUUGAAGUGAGCACAGCAGGGCAGGAGAAAUGUGAGUCCUGGCCUAACAACUGCAACUGGGACUACUAAAACUGCUGUCACUAAAUGGUGCAGUUGUGAUGUUUCGCCUAAUGACUCUUGCUGAAUGACGGAGUUCAGUAAUCCAAAUUAGAGUCAUUAAGUGAGGAAUACCUGUGUACGGUUUCUGAAAAUCCAUAUUCUACAUCAAGUAUAGUUGGUUUAAUAUGCAAGCAGGAAAUAUGGCUGAACUCCCUUGUGUGCAAAAUAGUUUGUUACAACUGAAAAGCUAGCAUGCUUGGCAGGAAGAUUGUAUUGUCAUUUUUUUUUCUUUGACAUACUAUUUUAUUUAAAUAUCUUACCUAUUUCAUUUCCCCAUUUGAGCUGUAAGCUUGCUCUAGGCCUUUAUGAUGAGCUGCUCCAUUAUUAAUCUUGUUUAAAAAAAACCAGCAUAUACUAUAAAAAUUACAACGGAUAUUAAAAAAUCCACAUGGUAUUAAUUUAGCAUCAAUAUGGGAUUCGUUCAGUCUUUGAACUUGUCACUAAAUCUAGACCAUAUAGAAACAUAUUGCUCCAUCUUUUCAUUUUUGGAAUAUAAAAACAUCUCAAAAUAACAAACAUACCUUGAAUCCACUCCUUUAUUUUGAGAGGUUUUUUUAUUCCUGAGGCUUAAUAAAACCAAAGCUCUUCAUAAAAUGACAAAUUCGCUAUCUUAGUGAAUAAGAUAACAUUACAUGUAUACCUUUUAACUGUUACAUUUAUUUCCAAAACUAUUAACAUAAGCAUUAAGUUGGACGAGAUCAAAUCAUAUGAAUUAAAGAGCCCUCAAAUUCCUCAUAAUGUCAACACACACACACACAAAUGAUACCAAAUCUUUUAAAAAUAUUCUUUGAGGAUUCCAUAAACAUGAAACUUAUAUUUUCUGAUGUAUUAGCUUCUUUCUUAAAUCAAUAAGUAUGUUUUAUGUUUCUUGGACCUGGAUCUAUUGAUUUUCCAAGAUUGGAUAUUCCAAUUCUUCAUUCCAUGUUUCAGGUAUAUAAUACUAAUUUUCAUUUAAUUUCCACUUCAUUUAAUUUUUAAAAUUCCAUGUAAAAUUGAAUUGCUAGUUUUACUUCAAGCACAGUGUCUCUUAAGGAUCGUAAGAUUCCAGGUACUUCUGAAGCUGCUAAAGGAUCUGGUCUAUAUGUUUUAUUACUAUAUGAGAAUUGAUUUAUUGUGAAGCAGAAGCUAUGGGUCAGUCACAGAAUACAGUCUCUCAAAAAUCUUUAAAACAAUCAUUAUAAAUCAACUGAUUUAAAGUAUUGAUCCUUUGUUUGGUCCAGGAUUUCCACUAAGACAUCUUCCCUGCUAUCUUCAAAUUUGGAUUGUUUGAGUCAAUUUCUUUGUGGUUCUGGGUCAAAUUUUAAUCCUUUAUUAAUAACAAAAUACAUCUAACAGCUUUCAAGGGUGGAAAUGAAAAUCCUUGUUACUAUACCUUCACCCUAGAACUUGCUGAGAUGUCAAAGGGGUCACACACUAAUUGGGCUCAAACAGGGCAAUAUUCGGAAAAAAUUCUCAUUUCAUAAGAAUACAUGUUGUAAUGAAAGCCAAGUGAUAAAGUUGAAAAUUAAACCUCAGUUUUGCCAAAAAUAUUCAAGGGGUUUUGACUGCCAUAAAUGUGUUUCUCAGUAAUAUAUCUGUAUAGAAUAAUUACCUGGAACUGAUAUGGCAUUCCUCUUAAAAU